UUUUUGUCAACAGGCAGGCCGGAGCCGGAGAAACAUAGAGUGUGAGAUAUAUAUAGAUAGACAAACGGAGACGGAGACGAAAAUAGAGAUACUGGCACUAUGGUGAAUGCUUUGCAUGCCUUUGGGCUGGCCAUUGGCUGGAUGGACAUUCUGGGAGUCCUUGUCUUCGAACUGAUGAUCUUCUACUUCAUGUGUAGUCGCGCGGCCCAAGAGGCCCCCAACGAUGCCGAGGUGCCGCCAGAUGAAGGCGUUGUUAAGCAACAAAGGAAGCCCCUGACAGGAUUAUUUGGCCCCAGAUACUUGAAGGAUUCAACAAAGACUUGGAUAUUCUGGGCAUAUUUGUUUCUAUUGAAUGUUUGGAUUGUGGUGACAUUCCUUAUGAUAGCAGGCAUUACAUGGGUGAGUGCAUUCUGGAAUAUCUUCAACUAUCCCCCGUGUCGCUCCCUCCAUUCACAGCAAAAGCCGGAGCUAAUGAUAUGCUGGCUGAUUUGGUGCGUCGGUGGCAUAUUCCUGGAUGUUUUCUUUGUGCUUUGGUGGUGCAUCGAGCUGUGUGCGGGCGACGCCAUUGAGGCCCUGACCAACAUUAUUAUCUCUCUGCUGACCAUGAUUAUUGAGUUUGGGUUCAUAUUUGUGAUUUUUACCAUCUACACGAACUUGUCGAGCGCACCUAAUGAGAAUGUCAAGGAUUCUGGUCUAUUUUUGAUCGUGAAAAAUGCCAUGGACCCCAGCCAGUGGAUACGUAUGUUAUUUGCUUAGCGCACUUACAAAUACCAUCGCUCCACUGGGAAGGACUCCAUUAGAAGGCCUGUACAUUACUAUUCCAUCCAGAAAUCAGCUAUAGUCUUUUCCAAUUGCGAAACUCUCUUUGAAAUAUACAAAAAAUUCAUUCAAUUUUAGAAAC